AUUUUAUUCUAGCCCAGCGCCCUCUAGCGUGUUUACAUCCUGUGUUUACAUCACACGGGGCCCUUCCUUCGCAUGGUGUGGCCUCCUACCUUCUCUCCAGCCGAGUGUCCAGGCCUGGAUCAUGCUAUCACCAGAUGUUCCAGAGUUUGUCCCAGAGGAUGCCAGACUCCUGACUCCACAAACACGGGUAACACUGAGCUAAAGGAAAGCACCAGUCGGCCUCAGCUCACCAAGUCCUCACCAGGCACACACAGACCAUCAAAUACAGGACAUAACCCCUCUGUUCUCAAGAGUUCUGCUUUCCGAGGGACGGCAUUUGGUUCAAGGGCGCCAAAUGAUUCAUGGAGGCAACCUAAAGAGGUGUUUGAUCAGCGGGACAUUCAAACACAAGACAUAAGUAGACAUGAAAGCACUGGCAUUAACCAAGGCGAAAAACACACACAGCGAGGCAGAGGGAAGCCAAGACCGGUCGCUGAGAACCUUGAACUACACAUCAGGAACAAAUUCACAAUGCCCAAGCCGUCUUACAGCUACACUAAGAUCCUGAAGAGCAAACAGCCUGUGAAUAAUGCAAGUGUACCAGAAACAAAGUCAGUCAAGCAAGAUUUCUCCUUCAGCAAUGACAGUCACUGGCCAACAUUAGGCGAGUCACUUCCUCUAUACAAGACACCAGAGAAGAACAGCAAAGCAUCCAAGACAGAAAAGAGAGACAGUAAUCCUUGGGUUAAAAAGAGCAAUGAAAGUUCACCAACAAAAUUUCUCACCAAAAAUCCGUGGCAAGAGAAAGGAAUGGCAGAGCAGGCAACUGAUGCUUUUAUACAACACAAAACUACAGAAACAAACUCCCCUUUGAAAUCUCCAGGAAAAAAUACAAGUCCACAGCAAGAAAGAAGUAAACCAGAACACAACAGAGAUGCAUCAGUGAGGCCAAAGAGUAUAGAAACAAACAAUUCCACAAAGAAGUUUGCAAACAUCUCUGGAGUCACAAGGCAAGAAAGAAGCACAGCAGAACAAUUCACAGGGGACUCAGUAAGGUCACGUAUUACAGGUGGAAACUCUAAGGCCCAUGAAAAUAGUGUUAAGACAAAACAAUCUCACACUCAAAGAAAAGCAGAAACAAAUUCUCGUAGUGAUCACAAUGCAAUAGAAAAUAAAAAGCCAAAUCUUCCAAAAGACAAGAGUAAUGAAUAUAACCAAGAACCAAGAAGUCAGAAGAGUUAUGCAAAAACUGCCACAAACACUGACGUCAAAGAAAUUCAUAAACAAAACCAGGAGGGCACUCAAGCUAAACAAAACACCGAACAGAACGACUCAGAUCUUUUCCAGUGGCAGGUAAUAGGAGAGAAGAAAAAUAAAAUCAAGAAACCCAAAAUCAAACCAGAAGAUGAGUUAGGUGACUCUGCUCAGUUUCCAAAGCUUGUUAGAGGUGAUGGGAACAAGCAUAGAGUCCUGCCUGACAAGCCAGCCCAGGAUGACAAGAUAAGAGAGAAUCAAGAGAACAUCAACAAAAAGAAAUAUGUGGAUGUGCCAAAAGGUAAAGGUGCAAAUUCCACAUCCACUCGGGAGGCAAGUGAAGGUGCAAUUAGGAAAGACACAAAGACACUCAAACCAAGUCAGAAGGAAAAAAAGAAACCACGACCAACAAGAGUGACGAGUCUAGCAAACUGCAGCAAUAAAAAGGAAAUAAGAGCUAAUCCAAAAGCAGCUAUCACCUCCAACACAGCAGAAGCAGCAGCAGCAGCAGCACCAAAGCCUCUGAGUGAAGAAGCCUUACAGAAGAAACUGGCUUUUAAACUUAUGAAAAAAGAAGAGAAGAUGAGGAAGAGAGAAAUGAAGAUUCUCCAAGCUCGCAUGGCAUCAAGAGACACAAAAGUUUCAGUGAUAUCGUCAGUUUUCUUGGAGAAGACACAGGCGACAAACAAGACAUCAAUGCAACCUUCCAACCAAAUUAACUUAACCUUUGAGGAAUACCCAUCCUUACAAAUGCAGAGAAAGGUGACCAAGAGAGACCUCCCUCAGACCCCAAGAAGCCUUCCAUCACACACAGACACUUGCCGAUACUCACCAAGCCUCACACCAGGCACCAGUGACCACCAAGCCUCACCAAGCCUUCAGACAACCACUGAGAUCUCACAGAACUCUGAUAACAAACUUGCCGGGGUCACCAAAACAUCACAAAAAGUACGACAAAAGAGUGAUGACUUGCUGUCAGGGCUUCUACCAAUAAAUGCCAGUGAUGAUGAUGAUGAUGAUGGUGGUGGUUUAGAGCAGGCUGCAGUUACCUACAGGAAAGCUCUUCUCUCAGCAAAAGCCAUAAAGGUGGCAAAGCAAGACACAAUGCAUAGUGAGCCUCCUGCCAAAACCCUGAUGGACGUAUCACCACCAAAGAAGCAAAUCAGAACCAAAGAUCCACUGACACUCAACCUCCAAGCCCUCGCUGCUAAAUGUAGGAAGAACAAGAAGAGAGAGGCAGCGUAUUUGGAGGAGAAAUAUUUGUCUGCCAAGAGAAAGGAUGACAGAGAUGAUGAAUUUCCUGCUAGAAAGCCAGGGUCUUCUGUGCUGCCCAAGGUGGCGGGAGUCGUGGCAAAGCGAGGCAAGAUUAACACAAAGAAACCAAAGAAGAGAAAGAUAUCCCGUGUGAUGAAGUGCAAGAUAGAGAAGCGACAGAAGGAGGCAGUGGCGAUGCAGCUCUUACUGGCUCAGAUUAAUGCCAGACAACAAGAGCAACAACAGGAACUUUCAGAGGCAUUAUCUACAGCAAACAAUGAGAAUGAGAACCCCACAGUGGUGAAAACUGCAGUAAAUAGUGAUACCAAUGAACCACCUCACACUACAACCCAGACUGAGACAACACUGGACAGUAACACUCAAGAAUCCAGUGAGGCAAGAAUAGGAGACAGUGCAACAAGUGAACCACCCAACACUGCCACCAAGACAGAGACAGACAAAGAGGGUGAGAGAAAAGCAUGUAAAGCUGAAGACGGAAAGAAACAAGAAUCAGACCAAGAAAAGAAUGAGGGGAGAACUGAAGAUAAUGAUGAAAACAAAGAAAACUCCAGUAAAUCAUCCAACAUAAACCCUCAAUUAGUGAAGACUCCAAGUGAUGAUAAACCUAAAAUCAUAUGGAAGAUUAAAGAAACCCAGGAAGCCAUCGCACAAGACAGCACUCCAGCACUAGACAAGACCAGCAACUCGGACACAAGCACUGAAGGAAAGGAAACAACUCAGCAGUCCUCAGAUGAACCCAAGUCUUUCCAAUCUCCUGCUCAACUACAACUGCUCGCCAAUGAUCCGCUGGUAGUGAAGAAAGCAUCUGAGCUUCUUGAAAUACUAAAGGCAGAAAGCAAACCUGUUGGACCCAGAGAGUAUUGUCACCAGGUGGUCACUCCAGAAGUCAAUGCUGUGGCCAAGGAGCUCAUCUUAACCCUCAUGGCCUUCCAGAAGCGACAUUACCAGCGCGACCCCACCAAGGCACGCAUAAGGAAGCGUUAUGUGUGCGGCCUGAAGGAGACCACCAAGCUGAUGGGCAAGAUGAGCUGUGUGAUCAUGGCACCAAACAUCCAGCAGUGUGAGGGGCCAGGCUCACUGGAUGAUACUGUGGAGAAGCUGCUCAACCAGGCGGAGAAGCUGAAGGUACCGGUGGUGUUUGCCUUGUCCACCAAGGAGAUGAAGUACCUGUGUCGCAAGAGCAGCAGGAAAGUAAGCUGUUUUGGCAUCAUCAACUACCAAGGGGCCCAGGACAUAUUCCAGCGUCUGAUGCAGCUCAUGCCGGAGGCGCAGAAGCAGUACCAAGAGCUGGUGGCGAGUGGACAGUGCUCGCUGCCCAAGGAUGGGGAAGAUGAGGAAGAGGAGGAGGAAGAAGGGGAGCCACUGAAGAAAGAUUUGACAUCAGAAAUUGUGAAUCGUACUAAAUCCUUACUCAUGGCUCCCUGAAAUGCCAGUUAAUGGUGUGUAUCUGUAUGAGUGAGUUUAAAAUCAUAUAUGCAGAUUGACCAUACACAGAGAGCAUUGUGAAUCAUAGUAAAUCCUUACUCAUGGCUCCCUGAAAUGCAAGUUAACCCCUUGAGUACCAUGAUGUGUAUCCAUAUUCUUUCUGGUUACUAUUUGGUGAUUUUAUACACCUUCAGAAACAUAUGUACAGGAUUAGAAUAGUGAAGACUGUGGCCAUUAAUCUUGUGACCUCCAUAGACCCUUCCUAAUGUCAGUAAAAUGGUUUAAUCAUACACAAAUUUCAAGGUAAUAAUGUGUCCUGGUAUUGAAGGGGUUAAUGGUGUAUAAUUCUCUGUGAAUCAGUUUGAGAUCAUGUAUGUUGACUGAUUAUACACAUACAGGGAGCAUUUAUAUUCCAGUGUGCCAUAUGUAGAUGCUGUGUUGUGGUCAUUCCUCACAGAAUAAUUCAACUUCUGCCUUAGUGUGUCAUAAUUUCAGUAGUAUUUAGGUGCAUAUGAGUAAAGUUGAAGCAUUAUAUUUUUGUGCUCAUCAUGGAUUCAUAUAUGUUGAGUUUAUCAAGCAUUUCAGUCUACAUUCCCAACCACACCGAUGAUUCAAGUGACAUCUAAAGGUACCUAACUCCAGGCCACCCAAUUAAUAGUGUACAGUGACAGAAGUAACUAUGACACAAACAGCAAUUUUUGGCACAUUUUUGCUGGAAAGUUUUGUGAGGCAAAUUUUUAGCACCAAUUACAGAAUAUCAGAAAAAACAAAAUUAACCAAUAGACAAUGAGAAUCAAUUAAAAGCCUGUUGCACUAUUUUUGUUAUGAGAGAAUCUAUUUAGUCUCUGAUUCUAUACUAUUAUAAAUCCUAUCAGUGAAUUAUAACAAGGAAUCUCCAAGUCAGUUCUUCCAAACACACAUUCCUUCAGCGACUCAUUCCUGUGAUUCUUGAUGCCCUGUCCUCACCCUCUUGUGCAGCUCAUCCAAGUCUGCCUCACCCCAGCCAGUGUUAGGGAUAGCUUGUGUCUGGGAUAUGUCUACUCUAAUAUGCAUUCUGCUGUGAUGUGUUUGUUACCUGGGUGAUGUGCCUCAUUCACUAGACAAUAACUGUUUCUGUGUAUAUAGUAAGGUAUGGGAAAAGUGAAGGUGUUGUACAAAAUUAUGGUGAUGAAAGGGGUGAUGAUGAUGUUAGUAAAUAUAGUCUUAGAUAUGUGAAUUUCACCUCACACUGAUAUUGGUGAUGAUGAUGAUGAUGAGUAAGCAAUUGUAGUCUCAGAUAUGAUUGCCUGACACGCUUCAAUAUUACUGGUGAUGAGUAAGCAAACAAUCUCAAAUAUCAUCCAAUGCUACAUUUUAGGUGCAAACAUUUAUCUAGAUCCCUGUUUCACUUUUCAUACGUUACAUUCACCUUAAUUACCAUCACAUAAGUUUUUUAUUUUUGCCAUUGUGCCUGUACUUUUUGCUGUGAUUGGGUGUUACAGUUUUUGAGGGUGUUUGUAAUGAUUCUGGAGACAGUUUAGGAAGUGUUCUCUACCUGGAGUCUCAUAAAUCACCUACAGAACCCAAAUAAUCAUCUCUUUGGCCUUUAACCCUUUCCAUACCAUGACACGUUUUCAUAUUUAUUCUAUUUAUUAUUUGGUGAUUUUAUACAGUUUCGAAAAGUCAUAUUAGGUAUUAAAAUAUCAAAGACUGUGGCCAUUAAUCUUCUGACCGCCAAAGACUCUUCCUAAUGUCAAUAAAAUGGUCUAAUCGUACACAAAUCUCAAGGUAAAAACGUGUCCAAGUAUUGAAGGGGUUAAAAGUACGUAGUUGUCUUGAGAGGAUAGAGGAAUACAGAGCUGCAGUAACCCAACACAAACUCACAUUGUCAUCACCCAAUUCAGUACAGUUUGAAUGCAUUUAGUUGAUGUUCAAGAUCCAUUAAAGAGUAUGGAUUAGUCUUGUGUGAUAAGGAUGUUUAUUUUGUGCUUUAUUUUCAUAGUGUGCUUCAUUUUCUUUGACAAAUUAUUUACUUUAGCUUAACCCUUUCACUGCAUCAUGACAGCACCAGAAGCAAUGUGUGGAGUCUUCACAAGCAUCUACAAGAAAGGGAUGAAAAAAGAAUGGUUUGCAAUGUCUUCCCAUUUCAAUCCCAUUUCAAAAAUUAGAUGUGACUAGAGCAGGUGAUGUAUUAGGGUGAUUAUUAGGGAAAGGUGUACCAUGUGGCAGUCAAACGGUUAACCUCUUCAGUACCAUGAUGUAUUUUCUUAUUCAUUUUGCUUAUUAUUUGGUGAUUUUAUACAGCUUCAAAAACUUAUGUGGGGGAUUAAAAUAGUGGAAACUGUAAUCACUAAUCUUCUGAACUCCAUAGACUCUUCCUAAUGUCAAUAAAACUGUCUAAUUGUACACAAAUCUCAAGGUAAAAAUGUGUCUCGGUAUUGAAGGGGUUAAAGACUGAACUAUGUAAGUUAUUCAAUGGAAGAGAUUACCUGUGAGUGUUUAUAUUGACAAUAGUCUGUUAGAUAAAUGCAACACGUCAGUAGUUAGCCAGGUGACCACAGAUAAUAUAAUGUGUCAUGUUUCUCUUACUUCUUUUUUCUUUUCACUUGUCUCAUUCUACCUUUUUUUUUUAAUAUUUCAUACCUACCUUUCCCCUUUUACUUAUCUUGUAUUCUUCCUUUUUCCAUAUUUCAUCUGUUCAAUGUUUGCAAUGAAAAGAUGAAAUAAGAGAUAAUAUUCAUGUUGUUCUUCCUCUUAUUUCCUUUCCUCUCUUCAUUCUUAUUUCAUAUUCUUCCUCUUUCCAUAUUUCAUGUUCAGUAUUUGCAAUGAAACCAGGUGAAACAUAUUAUUUACAUUAUUCUUCCCUCUAUUUCUUUUCCUCCUUCCUCCCUUCCUUUCACUCCCGUCUCAUUUUCUUUUUUUCCUAUCUUAUCUUUUCAAUAUUUGCAAUGAAACCAGGAGAAAUAAGAGAUAAAGUUAAUGUUAUCCUUUCUUCCUUCCUUUCCUCUUACCUUUCUUCCUUCCUUCCUACCACUCUUGUCUUAUUUUCUUUUUUUUUUCCAUAUCUUAUCUUUUUCAAUAUUUGCAAUGAAACCAGGAGAAAUAAGAUAUAUUAAUGUUAUUCUUUCCUUCCUUCCUUCCUUCCUUCCUUCCUUGAACUCUCCUGGUGUUUCUCAAGUUGCCAAGUAUUGAAGCAGAGUAAAUAUUUCCUAAUAGUAAUCGUGUUCCCUUGUGAGUGCAGUGCAGUAGUUUCUCCAGUGGUUGUACACAGAACUGUUUGUAAAUAUCGGAUUUGUUAUAGUUUUGUAUUCUAUAUCAAUUUUAUAUAAAUGGGAAGAUUAUUGUUAUUGUGUGUGUGUGUGUGUUUGUGUGUGAUGAGUGAAUAAAAAAGUAUGAAGGCUU